UAGCGCAACUUGCCUUACGCAUUCAGUUGUCGGCGAUCUGACGUUUCAUUUUUAUUUUAAUUUCGUGGUAGCGUUAAUCGUUUUGACGUUUCGUUUUUAUUGUAGUAAUUCUGAAAUGGAAAGGGAGCUAACGGAAUCGAGGAAAGAAAUCUUGAAAAAGAAACGGAGAGAAAGGGAGGGUUUUAAGCAUAGGAUAGUGAUUGGGAAGAAACUAAAGCCGGCGCUAGGAUGUACGUUCUUUAUUCAUCCACGUUCCUUAUUAAAUCCAGGCCUGCACUGGUAUUGAAGAUGUGGAAGAAGCGUUCAUGCACUUGGAAGAUGCAAACUGGGACCUAUCAGAUGCUGUAUAUCGUUUGCUACCAUAGGGCAGCCAAGAACUGCCAUCCAUGCCUCUACUUCUACUCGAUGAUAGUUUUUAGGUGAUAGAAGAAAGGAUUCUAUCACCAGGAUUAGAGGUAAUCGGACCUCCUUCCUCACCACCUAAUUUAGCUCAAUUGUUACAACCAAGUCCGCUUGCCUCUAUGAGCAGAGAAUUUCUACCAAGACGAUCAAGAAUACCUAACUUCUCAAUAGUUUUAAAUGAUACGACAAUCCUGAUUUUGGUUCCUGAGACUGAAGCUGUUGGUAUGAUCAAGACAUUGAUAUGCUCAGAACUUGGAAUACCAGUCUGUAAACAGGACCUAUCAGGUUGGAAACUAGACAGGCAACCCAGGGAUACCACUAUUUUGGAAUCACUCAACCUCCCAAAAGAGAACACCCUGUACUUAUCUGUGAAUACUGAUGAAAGGGAUGCAGCUACUUAAGAGAGUGUUUCGCGGAUGACCCAAACUUAUCGGCUCAGCAUAUUUGACAUUACGCACGAUCAGACCUAUACCAUCAAUUUCCCUGGCACGAAGACGUAAUUAGAAGUCAAACGAGACGUAUCAGAUCUGACCAGCAUUCCCGUACGCAAUCAAUCAUGGAGUGGUUGGCCGCCACUACUUACUGACGAUCUGAUACUAGGAGCCUCUGGAAUCAACUUAGUGCAUGAACUAACCGUCAAAGAGUUGGUUAAAGAGAUUAAUCGACCACCCGAAGUUGUACCUCUACCCGGAGGCAGUAAUAGUGAACCUGUCUUUGAUGAUGGCAGCACAGCCGACGAAUAUGAAGAUGCCACAGAUGUCGUAAUGGAAGACAUGUUUCUCCGUGAACCGACCCCCUCCCGUCUACAACCAUUAAUGCCGGAAGGGUCGUUAGACGAUGCUAUGAGAGAAGCAUGUCACCAACCGGCCCGUGAUGUACGUACACGAACAUUUCACUACUUUCUGACUAUUUUAAUUCUUUGUUUGAUCAUUUUUAAACGGGGAAAGUUACUUGCAGUUUAUUUGCAUCACGACGGUUCCGUUUCAAGUAAUGUUUUUUGCACUCAAGUCCUUUGUUAAAAAACAUAGCUAUCAGCCUAUAACCUAUCGGAUGUAACAGAUAGCAGAAGAGGCUUCUUUUUUACCAUAAAUACAUAAUGGCCGCUGCUACAUUUGGUACCAUUUGAAUAUGUUUGAGUGUUGUUUUCACGUGUUUUUUUUUCUACAGAAAGUUAAUGUUACUGUUUUCUUGCUAUGGCGAGCAAUAGUUUUUUCAGUGAUGAUGAUUUAGAAGAAGACGGCCGGUUCGAUAACCACCAAACUAGUGUCGUGAUUGGCAAAAAUCUAAAAAGAUCAUUCCAACAUCUUAGGGGAAAGAAAAAGAAAUCUGUGCGUUACAUUCCUGGCCCAAAUAAACCUCCCCAUAAUAGGAAAACUAUGGAAUCAAGGAUAGCGUCACUUAAAUAUUUAAUCAACCAAUUAUUUCACGAGGACAAUUGCCACAUUGUAGCCUUUAUUGCCCAAGAAAAUGAAGUUAAGUGGUCACCUGAUUUGAUACUUCCAGAAAAUGUUCCAGCACCCAUUCUCAAAAGAACAAAGGAAGGAAAGAAAAACUUGGGUCCCAUACUGGAGUUCGUUGAAACUCCAGAAGUUGAAGCUGCAAAGAAAUUGUGGAUUGAUAUCUACAAUGAAAAACAGGCUAUUCGUGAAAAAACACCCGAGUGGAUUCAAGCAAAAUAUGAAAGAUUGGAAACAAUCCGGUCAAAAAGAGAGGAAAUUAAAAGGAAACAACUUGAAGCAGCUAACUCCACUGUGACAAACUUGUCGUCCAUCUCUUUUUCAGUGCAAGAAAGUGAAACCCUGCCCAGCAACAUCAUUUCACCGGAUAAUAACUUGAGAUUUUUGGGCGGUGAGAGUAUCAUUGCGGAAGAAACCGCAAACAAUGCCGAACUCUCACAUCAACUUCCAUUACCAAAUGAAAUGGCCUCAUCUUCCAGCAGAGCAACACCUCCAAUUAACUAUGCCAAAAAAAGAAGAAGUCAGGAAAUUGACAAAGUUUUUUCGUGGCGGGGUAAAAUGUAUUUCUGGUGCCCGUUCGCCAAACCAAGCGCUAAGUACGUCAUAGCGGCUUCCUUUCCAAAAGACGCCAGGGUCAUCAAUCUUCCUGAAGAUCCAGCAAACUUAACAAGCUGCUAUGUCGACGAAUGACACGCAAGAUGUGAGACCCACCUGAUUGUGUUCACUUAACUUUAAUUUUGUUCGAUGAAGUUAGGGAAGAUACAGAAAAAAAAAUGCCCACCCUUAUGUAUCCUGCUAAUCCAGCCUGAAAUGUCGUUAUGCCAUUAAUAUCGCCGAUUCGUACUACUCAGUAUUUAUGUUUCAUCAAAAGGAAUAAAUAAAGAAAAACGAAAUGAAUUUUAAAAACA